AUGCAAGAAAAUAGUUCAGAUAUUAGUAGCAACUUAUCAAUAAAAAGUAAUGGGACUAUGAACAUACCUGCAAAUUAUACAACAGAAUCUACAAAUAGCAGUGAUUCUGUUAGUAUUUAUUCAGAAAUUGAGUAUUUAUCUGAAAUAACCACUAAGGAUAGAAAUAUAUUGUCAACAAUUAAAUUUAUAUGGUCUGAAAUAAGAAAUUAUUCUACCGAAGAAGAUAUAGAUCAAAAUAUUGAAGACAAUGAUGAUAAUUUAAAUUAUAAAGAAUUUGAAUCAGUAGAUAAUUUUUUUCUAAAUAAAGAUUUAAAUGGAAAAGUAACAUUUGAUGAUACUGAUCCAUUUGAUGGUAUGAAAAUACCUAAAAAUACUUUAGAGGAAGUAAUACAAGUACCUAAAGGGAUUGAAAAUGCUAUUCAAUUAUCUUUUUUCGUAUGUUUGGAUUCAAUACUAUAUGAUUUAACAUUUUUGUCAAUUAAUGCAUCUAUUUUUAUUCUUAAGAUAUUACUUAUACUAAUUAUAACACUAUACAGAUAUAUAUUUGGUAUAUUUAAAAUGAGAAGUCUUAGUUUUGAUGAAAAUACUUUAAGUAAAUGUUCAAUUAAGCAUAGGACUCAUACGUGGGAAUUUUCAACACCAAAACACAGAGAAUCAUGUUCAGUGAUAGAUGGACAAAAUAGUGAUUUAGAUCAUUGCAACAUAUCCAAUAAUAUCAAUUUCUCAUCUAGAAAUAAUACUAUGUCAAAAAACUUAAAUAACUGUGUUCUAACUAAUAGAGAAAUAUCUCCCCAGAAAUCCUUUUGUGGAUCUCUUAAUUGCACUAAAGAAUCUGGAACUCCAAAGUUAAAUAUAAGUUUAUUUGGAUAUAUAAAAGGUAUUUUUUUAAAAGAUACAAACAGCUCAAAUAGUGAAUUAAGUUUGGAUAACUCCUUAUCUUGUAUUUCAAUAUCGAAUCCUUCAUGUAUAAAUGAUUGGAGCAUAUCAUAUCCUUAUUUAACACUAUCACCAACUGAAAUAACAGAUAUAGGACGAUUUUUAGUCCUUGUAGUUGAUAUUUUUUUAUUUGGCAUGAUAGAUAUAUCAUAUUUUUACCACUAUAUAAGAGGUCAAAGUCUCAUGAAAUUAUAUGUGAUAUUUAAUAUGCUAGAGGUAUUAGAAAAGUUGUGGCGUUCACUUGGCAGAGAUCUUGUUGAUUCAUAUUUGGAAAGUAUAAUUAUAAUAUUUUCUAGAUAUAGGCUAAUAUCACUACCUACUAGAGAAACAAAGGAAAUAGUAUCUCCCUUUUUAUUAUAUAUAUCAGUUUUAGCUUAUGUAUUUAUACAUUGUUCAAUUCAUAUGAUUCGUGGUCUAGCUCUAAAUAUCUCAAUAAACUCUUCUGAAUAUACAAUGUUUCUAAUUGUAAUAACUAAUAAUUUUUCAGAAAUCAAAUCUACCGUAUUUAAAACAUACAAUUCAGUCUCACUAUUUUCUAUUGUAGCAGCUGAUGCAAUUGAAAGAUUUCAAUUGUGCUGUGAUGCAUGUAUAGUAUUCAUUAGAAUGUAUUCAGCUACUAGAUUACAAGCAAGUUUAUUAUCUAUUUCUGUUACUGGAUGGCUAAUUAUUGUAUAUAUUGUAGAAGUUUUUAUAGAUUGGAUUAAACAUUCAUUUCUUGUAAAAUUUAAUAAAAUUAAAGCAUCAUGUUAUAAUGGAUAUGUAGAAACUAUAGUUGGAGAUCUGCUACUUGUAAGAGGUUCUAAAGCUGCCCUCAAUUUUAUGAGGAAUAGUACAAAAAAUUCUAAUAUUAACAAUUCAAGUAUACCAAAUUUUAAAUAUAAAGAUGAUAAGGAAUUACAAAAUUUACACUCUAAUUUAGAUCAUAUAAAAGUGGAUAACAAUGUUUUGUUUAGUAAUUUUGAUAAUGUAAAUAAAAGCGUAUCACAUCAAGGUUCGCUUGGCAUAUUUAAAUCUAAUACUAUUGGGUUAGAUGUUGACGUAUCUUUAACUCAAAAGAAUUAUAAAAAAGAUGAAAUAACAUUUAUUGCAAAUGAUUUAAGGAAUAUAUAUUCAUUUCCAUAUAUUCCAGCCAGACGUAUUGGUUUUAUGUCUUUACCAAUGACAGUUUUAUUUAUAUGUGUUAUUCCAUUUAAGCGUUUAUAUUCAUCAGUUGGAAUUGGUUUUAUAUUUACUUUUUGGCUUUUUUUGGUAUUGAUUAAAUGCCUCUCAUCAUUAACUCUUGUUUCAUUUGCACGUAGUCGUAUUGAAAGGUUACAAAAUUGGAAUACAGACUUCCAUAAAAUAAGUGGAUUAUAG